AUGGCGAUUCUACAACUGCAUGAAAAUUCAUGGAUAGGGCUAACAUCGACGCGUCCGAUCAACGCUCGAAAAGAUCAGGCACAAGGAACCAAGUCAUCUUCCCUCGGAACACCACGCAAACAAAGGUUAGAGAAAGCCCGAUCACUCAUUGACGGCAUAACAAAACGAUUGCACAACGAAGAGCACGACAGACACUUGAGCGGUUCCGAUGCUGGCAGCUCAUGUCAAGAGGGAAGCGAAAAUGGUAUGAGACAAAAUGUGCGAGACUUGAUCCAGAUUUCAAUACCAGAGGUCGACCGCUUCAUAAAAACCAAGCAACAACCCUUGACGGGAGCCCAAGUUUACUGCAUUCCUAUUGAAGAAGUUGAAGAUGUAUUGGCAAGAAGACUUACAAAGAUAUGGAGCGAGCUGGACGCUAACCAUUGCGAAAUAGAAGAUCAACUAGACAAACAAAUCGAUGCCAUACAAGUCUACCAAGCAGAAAACCUCAUGUCAAAGCCUUCGGAUAGCAAUGCGGGAGGAUUACACGUGGGUAAAUAUGACAAGAAGAUGCGUACAGAAACAGAGAAAGAAACCAGAUUGCUCGAACUGAUUGAAAUGGCCAAUGAUCCCUACGAAGUGACCGAUGGAACUCACUAUAUUGUUCAACUCUGUGCGUCGAUACUACGCGGAGUCAACUACAAAUACUUGUUGAUGCAUACGACGAUUUACGUCUACAACCACAACAAGCCUAUGAGUAAAGUGGUUUCGAAGGUAGUCAAGGGUUGCGAACCGGACAAGCAAAAAGCCUUCGCAGCUUUGUUCACAAUACUUGAAAGGAACUCGGACAUGGUCACUCUGAAAUGCCCAGAUGAUCGCUGGGCUGAGAUUGACAAUGAAGCGAGGAAAAACAUUGACCGCUUGUUUGCAAGAGGAAGAGGGAAAAAGGCUUCAUCUGAGACUCAGUUCGAACUUGCGAAGAACUCCAUGAAAAAAAGGAAAAGACAUGUCCUAACUGAAUUAGGAGCAGAAGAACAGCGACGCUUCAUGCGGAUGCGUACAAACAUUGCAAAGAAACUUGUGGAAUACGUAUCGGCAAUAGAAUCCACAAAGUCACUACUUGAUAUGGUGGAACCUGACGACAAUGAAACAAGAGAAGAACUUGAAAACACACUGCGAAAUGUCCAGGAAAUGCAUGAGAAAACGAAGAAUGAUCAGCAGCGGUUGGAGGCGCAGUACAAAGAGUUCCGAAACAGAAGUUAUGGCCCACGAAAGAAAAAGAGAUAUGUGCAGGAGAAGCAAAGCACACAAAUGAAGAUGCACCAGUGUCUACGGACAACGGCUCUCCGGAACCGGAUCCAAAACAACUCUUCGAUUCGUAUUGUCAACGUAGGAACACACAAACUUAGUUAUUUUCAAUAG